AUGGACACCAAACGGCUCCCCAACAACACCAACCCCACCCAAACUCCCAUAAACAACCCCUCCAAAACCCCCCCAAUAGCCGCCGUCCUCCUCGCCCGCGCCUACGACACCGACGAAGCCGCCCGCAUCCUCACCGAGAAAAUCCAACAACGGCCCCUCCUCCUCGCGCCCUCUUCCCCCCCUCCCUCCGACACCGCCCGCGCCGCCCGCCGUCGCGCCCAAGAAAAAAAGAAACAACAGCGCAAAAAGGCUCUUAAACCUAAACCCCUUUCUGCCGCCCAGCGCCGCCGGCUUGGGUUGUACGAUACCCGCACCAGCGGCGGCAGCCACACAGGUGGAAAGCAGGCCUAUGCGGUGUUCGAACCCCUCCACCAUCUCUGGCUAGGCUAUAUCCGUGAAAUCCUCGGCAGCGAGGCCUACACCGGCGGGGAAGGUGCCGCAGCGAAGCUGGCCAGUGCCGAUUUCCAUGGGGCUGGUGUCGAGGUGGUGCGCAGCGGGUGUGUGAGCCGGGUGGGGAUUGGCGGGAUUGUGGUGAAGGACUCGAAGUUUGCGUUUGAGAUUGUGACGAGAAGGGGGGCGAGGAGGUUGGUGCCGAAGGAGGGGACGGUGUUUCGGUUUGUGGUACCGGUGCCGGUGUUGGGGACGGGUUUGGGGGGGAAUGGGAGGGAGGAUGAGGGGGGAGAAGGUGGGGAGGAGAAGAUGUCGAAUAUGGUGUUUGAGAUUCAUGGGGAGCAGUUCCAGUUUCGGUCGGCGGAUCGGGCGUCGAGGAAGUUUAGGGCGCAUUUUUCGAAGAAGUUGUGA